AUGUUCGUUGUUACACUUUCAAUCCUCUUAAUUUUCACAUCGGUUGGUUAUGGAGAGAAACAUAAACCGGUAUUCAGUGAUGAAAUCAAAGAAAUAAUGGAGAUAGUUCAUAACGAAUGUGUUACCAAAACCAAGGUAGCUGAAGAGGACAUAACGAAUUGCGAAAACGGCAUAUUUAAAGACGACGUCAAAUUGAAGUGCUAUCUGUUUUGCGUGGUAGAGGAAUUGAAUCUUGUGGACGAUGACGGUCAAGUGGACUAUGAUAUGCUAGUAAGUUUAAUUCCAGAAGAGUACCGUCAAAGGUCAACUGUUAUGAUUGAUGGCUGUAAGCACUUAGAUACCAAUAAUAAGGACAAUUGCCAGAAAGCAUUUGACGUUCACAAAUGCUCGUAUGCAAUAGAUCCAGAUUUCUACUUCAUAUUCUAG